AUGUCUGCUACCACCUCUACUAUUGACGUUCGAGGAUAUUCAUCCGCACGUAACUGUAUCCCUAUUAUUAAUAAUUUGUGUAUGUCGAAAGAAAUUCGAGAUAUCGCUCAAAAACUCAUAAAUAAUAAAAAGCCAGGUGCUUGUACCUAUUGGAUACGUCUAGUUGGGAUGCCUAGUAGGAACUAUGCAA